UGUGCACGACCCCUAAACGCUUCACGGCACCCUGGGAGCCCCUCUCCCGACACGUCCAGGCCUGGGCAGGCGAGGAGGGUAGCGGCCCAACACAAUGAUAUAGGGAUAAAUAUUAAGCCGUGACAUUGACGUGCCCGGCGCUUCCCCUCCCCCGCGCUCCCGGCACACUCUGGGCUGCUCGGCACGCCCCCUCUCGUUCCACUGCGUCCCGCGCCCCGCGCUCAUCCCCGAGGGGCCCCUGCAACCUCUCCGCGCGAAGACGGCUCCAGCUCUGCAGGGAAAGAAAAGUGGAAUGACUAUAGACUGAGACGCGCUGGAGCAGAGACUAUGUAAUCGUCUUGGUGUCUGUGCAGAGGACUGCGCUUCGGGGAGGAAAGAGGAGGGAUCGGCUCGCUCCUCGGCUACUCAGCAGGCGGAGUUUCGUAGCGGCGGCACCGUGGUUGCGCCCGCCCGCGGGGAGGUCGCUCCAUCCAGCCCCAGCGGCCGCAAGAGCCCGAGCGCCGGAGCGCAGUAGGCGGCGGGGGUGAGAGAGAGCGAGUCCGAGCUCCGGGGCGCGAGGGAGCGGGCCGGGAAGUCCGGGAGGAGGCAAUCGGCGGCCACGAGCGAGCCGAGCGCGCCCCCCGCCCGCCCCAGCGGCGCCGCGCCGGGCGGUGUCCGGGCGGCAUGGAGAAGGACGGCCUGAGCCGUGCGGACCAGCAGUACGAGUGCGUGGCGGAGAUCGGGGAGGGCGCCUAUGGGAAGGUGUUCAAGGCUCGGGACCUGAAGAACGGAGGCCGUUUCGUGGCGCUGAAGCGCGUGCGAGUGCAAACCGGCGAGGAGGGCAUGCCGCUCUCCACCAUCCGCGAGGUGGCGGUGCUGAGGCACCUGGAGACCUUCGAGCACCCCAACGUGGUCAGGUUGUUCGAUGUGUGCACAGUGUCACGAACAGACAGAGAAACCAAACUAACACUAGUGUUUGAACAUGUUGAUCAAGACUUGACCACUUAUUUGGAUAAAGUUCCAGAGCCUGGAGUGCCCACUGAAACCAUAAAGGAUAUGAUGUUUCAGCUUCUCCGAGGUCUGGACUUUCUUCAUUCUCACCGAGUAGUGCAUCGUGAUCUAAAACCACAGAACAUUCUGGUGACCAGCAGUGGACAAAUAAAACUGGCUGACUUCGGCCUUGCCCGCAUCUACAGUUUUCAGAUGGCUCUUACCUCCGUGGUCGUCACGCUGUGGUACAGAGCUCCCGAGGUCUUGCUUCAGUCCAGCUACGCCACCCCUGUGGAUCUCUGGAGUGUCGGCUGCAUAUUUGCAGAAAUGUUUCGUAGAAAGCCUCUUUUUCGUGGAAGUUCAGAUGUCGAUCAACUAGGAAAAAUCUUGGACGUAAUUGGACUCCCAGGAGAAGAGGACUGGCCUAGAGAUGUUGCCCUUCCCAGGCAGGCUUUUCACUCGAAAUCUCCUCAACCAAUUGAGAAGUUUGUGACAGAUAUUGAUGAACAAGGCAAAGAUCUACUUCUGAAGUGCUUGACAUUUAAUCCAGCCAAAAGAAUAUCUGCCUACAGUGCCCUGUCUCAUCCGUACUUCCACGACCUGGAGAGGCGCAAGGAGAACCUGGAUUCCCACCUGCCACCCAGCCAGAACAGCUCAGAAAUGAACACAGCCUGAGGUCCCAGCCGCUGCCUUGAGCUGAUCGUCCGAAGAACCCCUCGGUGGCUGAUGGUCCCCUGAGCAAGCUCUGCAGAGCUUUGAGGUUGUGGAUCACUGGCUGGAGACCUUCUAGCUGCCGUCUUCUGGAUGGGCUCUGCUUCUCCAAGGAAACCGCCUAGUUUACUGUUUUGAAAUCAAUGCAAGAGUGAUUGCAGCUUUAUGUUCAUUCGUUUGUUUGUUUGUCUGUCUGUUUGUUUGUUUCAAGAACCUGGAAAAAUUCCAGAAGAGAAGCUGCUGACCAAUUGUGCUGCCAUUUCAUUUUCCUGAUCUUGAAUGCUGCCAGUGUGAAGUGAGCAAUCCAGGCACAGCUGAGUUAUGAUGUAAUCUCUCCACAGCUGCCGGAGCCCGAUGUGGUACUUUUGAGUGAGAGAGAGAGAGAGAGAGAGAGAGAGAGUGUCUGUGUGUGUGUGAUUCUUGAUCUCUUAAAGUGUUACUUUCUGUAAACAACGAGAAAAAUUGAAUUUUAAAGACUCAAAGGGACCGCUAGAUAACAGGCAUCUGUUGACUGAAGGUGAUUCACCAAAAUGGGCUUCUCAAAGUAGAAAGUUGAGCCUGUGUCCUCAGCAUUUCUUUUCUGGCCAAAAGCAGUAAAUUUGCUAGUAGUAAAAGGUUCACUAUCUUGAUAAAGCUUUAUACACACAGUAAAAAGAAAAAAAAAUUCUAGUAUCUUUUGAGAAAUCUGUUUUUUAAAGCACACAUUCUAUUUACUCUUCAAAAAGCUGAAUUUACUCAUUGUAACAUUAACCUGUAAAAAUAUGCUUUAUUGUUUCUUUUAAAAAAUACCCUAUAAGAUUUUUCCUUACUUGCUGUAGAUUUAGGGAGUGUACCUCAACUAGGUAAAAUGGUCAAAAAAAAAAAUAGAGAAAGCCUUUAUUUCCUAGUUUGAAAUGUAUUUCCUUUUGGGUUUUUGUUGUUAUUUUGUUUUGGUUUUUGUUUUAGGAAUUUGUCAGCAACUGUUUCCUGUUUGGGUCUGCAGGGUAGUUCCCUGUGACUAGAGACAGGAAUGCCAUUUAAGUUUUCCUCGCCUUACACUGUACUUCUUCUACCAUGCACUGCCUUAUUUCCAAAGCAUCUGUCUUAUCUAUCCCCCAGCUUCUCUAAUGUAUAUUACUGCCGUUAGAUAACCAGUAACAGAUUGCUUAAGCUGUUCCCAUGCACCUCCUACUUUCUUUCUUUCAAUGAACCUUUCAUUAACAGUUAGAUUCAGACUAUGGCUUAUGGCUCCAAUUACACAAUCCUGAGUCCCAUAUGUUCUCCAUCUAAUGCCAUCUUCCUACCUGGCAUUCACUGUUGUUACCUAGGCAAUGAGUAGAAGACUGGUUCUUCUCAAUCACCAGCACAUAGAUUGCUUUACUCAGCAUUUUACAUAUUUAUAGACUAUGGUGUCAGUGUAGUCUCUGAAGGAAUGUCUUUAACUAUUUUCAGAAGUAUGUAUUUACUCUAUAAGAUUAUCUAUUCUCCAUCCACCAGGCUGUGCUUGUUUCUAGUGCCUUAUGCGCACUCCUACUCUCUGCAAAGCCAACCUGACCCGGGCAUUGUGAACAGCUUUACUUUUCCCUUUUGCCAUUUUCUCUGCAAUACUCUAUAUGCCAUACAAUCACCGCCUUCUAUGUGGUUAGUGCUCAGUCAGCUCUAGUAACCAGAAGACACAGAGAUUAAGUGUCUCUGGGGAAGUUCAGCUACCUUUGCUUUCUGAUUCAUGUUUUGCACGUGUGCAACAGUUAGACCAUGUUUAGAGUUAGGGUUUUCAAAGAAUGGACACUGGUUCACUCAAUAGAAAAUGUUCCAGGUGACGUUUCUGCAUUGUCAGGCCUUUCUGAAUUCUUCACAGCUUAUAUUAUAUAUGGCUAUCUUGAACAGGAGAAAAAUGAGAAGACUUUUCUCCUUGAGAGCUUUCUGGGCCGGGAAUCAUCCUUUAUUCUUUUAAUACGUAUGUUGUUUAACAUUGUUCUAAUUUGGUAACUUGAAGAGCAGGAAAAUUUGUCUAAAGCAAGAUGUGAAUGAGAAGAUGGGCCAUAAGAAUGUUUUAUACUUUGUUCAUUGUGAUGACAAUGAUUAUGUUUUGUCAUCACUGUAAAUGCUUGAGAUAUAAUGAAUCCAGAGCGUUCAGGGCAAGAGUAUUUGUGGUCUCCCCCCACCCCCGGACAAAGGAGUUCUGCCUUUCCUUUGAUCAGGGGUGAAAAUUCAAAGACCUAGGGGCCUAGAAAUUGAAUUUUAAAACUCACUGCACUGAUCCAUCAUGAGCUUUGCAGUUAGUAACCCUGGUUAGAGUGCACAUAACUUGAGUUUUUGCUUUUGCGAAAGUUUUUCUUAAGUUCGCUCAAGAAAAACGCAGCUGUUCUAAACUGGAAUUUUUCGGCAUUCUUUAGCAUUUUCAACAAGUAGAGAGUUCAGCUUUUAUUUCUAACAUAUGGUUCAUUUCUUGGCAGCGAUUAUAAAGAAACCUUAAAGCACAAACAUAUUGACAUUAAUACUUGGCACAUUUACCCUCUGAGAGCAGAAGGGGAGGGCAUCUCGGCUGCUCUUACCUUGUGAAGAGUCUGUCCCCAGCUCUUCCAUCCAGGUGGUUGUUGUACUUGAGUGAUUACUCUCUUGUUUUAUGUCUUUUACAUCCGGCUCACCACUCCUGAAAUCCAGGUCCCACACAAGCACCUCUGCCAUUAGGGCACUUUGAAGCAUCUAGCAGAAUACAAUGUUACUGAAUAUGGCUUAUUCUUCUGUGACAAAUGGUUUCAAACAUCGUUGCCAAAAGCUAGGCAGUGAUUAGCUGGAAGGUCAUUCUGCCCCAGGGUUAUCCUGAAGCAGUUUACAGCAGUUAAAAAAAAAAAAAAAAAAAAAAAAAACCAGGAUGACAGAUUGGGGAUUAACAUUUGUAUUUCUUACUAGAACUGGGGCAAGCAUAUGCCUGAUAGUUUCUAUAUAAUAUUCUGUUCUAGUGGCCCAAGCAUUGUGGGAACCGUGAUGCCAGGUGGAGUUGUAACAACCUACACUUAAAAAAAGUGGAAGAGAAACCUGUCCAUUUAGGCGUCAUAAGCUAUCACAUAGAAAAAAGUAAUAAGGCUUAUAACCUUAUAACCUUAAAAACACAAUUCCCAAGAGCUUGUAAGAAGCCAGUGUGUUGAAACCUCCCACUUUGUCUUUGAAGUGGAUGGGAACCCAGGAGCAAAGAACCUGUUUUGGAAGAAAGCUCCGGGCCAUUUCAGCCCCCUGUGUUCUCAUGAUUUUUCUCUCAGAAAGUACACACUUUGAAUGGCCAACUUUUCAUUUAGCCCCAGGUGACUUAUACUAAAAAUAGUUCAAAAUAGUCACCUAAGAACAGAAUCUCAGCCUUUUAGUUUUAGGUAAAAAUUUCAGAAUGCACAGGGUGUUAAUAUCUUAAGGAAAACUUGUACAUUUUAAUAGAGAAAUUUAUAAUUUGACUCCAGAAUGUGGUAGUAUCCAUCUCGAUGAGAAAAAACAUAAGUAUUACCAUAUCUUUUGAACCUCGAAUUAUGUAUUUAAAUUGAGUUUUUGACUGCUUCUCUUAAAAGUAGUACCUAUGAAAGUCGGUAAUGGUGAUUCUCAUUCCAUUGUGGAAAUUAAAUCAUGUAAGCUUCCUAAUAGCAUAAACAUAUUAAAAUUCUUCUCUCUAAAGAAUUGCUUCUUUUAAGUGACAACUUUAUUCUCUUUAUGAUAAGUACACAUUUCCCCAAAACAGGCUUGUGUUACAUAGGUGAGUUUAGGAAAGAAUAAUGUUCAAAGUUAAUAAGCUACUGUAAUUACUUAAUUGUUAGUACAGAACCUAUAGAAUAUUUACCUUGGAAAGAAAAUAUUGAAAUAUAGAUUCUUAGAUACCAAUAGAAUUCAAAAGAACACAUAAAGACAUAAAAAUAAUGUCUUUAUUUCCUAAAAAUAAAGAUGUGAUAUAAUUUCUAAAUCUUUAAAAACCGUGAAACAGUAGGCAAUGGAUAGAGGAAGUUCUGGAGAAAAUGAAGGUACUCAAAGAAGGAUAGUUUCAAAGUUAAGUGUAUUUUGAAGAAUAUAUCUUUUAGCGUAUAUUGUAAGAAUUUAUGUCAAAGUUAUCUGGCAACUAUGAACUUGAUACGGUCAAAAACAGACUUUAUGGAAAAGCCAUCCCACAUAGUUACCAUUUCAAAGGUUGAGCUAAGCAAACUAAACCAUCCCUAUUUCUUCCUCAUUUCAUGGAAAAAGCAGCCAUGUCAAGCAAGCUAUGCUUGUUAUGCAAGCCUAAGAAUAUGUUGUAAAAAAAAAUAAUAAGCUUUUUAAACGUAUGUGUUUCCUGUGCCACCAGGAUUUUUGAAAUCUUGUAAAGCCCAAACCAUUUCUCAUGUACAUUCACUACAUUCAGAUAUAUGAUUAGGAAGAUAAUUCCAUGUUCAUUCCCUACAGGGGAAAAUCUUCUCAAGGCCACCAAAAACCUGUCAAGCAGUGUAAGUCCUCAGAUAACUAGUAGUUGUGUUUUUCUCAGAAGUAUAAGAAUAUAGCAUUUUCAUUUCUUAUCAAUGCAGUUUUCAACAUGGCUUUGUUACAUACCUAUAUCUCAAGCAUUUCUAACUUGUACUUUUUCAGAAAAUAAACCAAAAAUAUUCCUUUGGCCUUUUCCAUCUUCUGAUCUAUGUGAAUAACAGAAAUGUAGAAAGAGGAGGGAUCUGAUUUUUAAAUGUUUUCCUCAAUUAGUUGCUUGUUUGUUUGUUUUUUUUUAAUGAUGGUGCAAAUCAGCUUUCUAAAACGUUUCCUACUUCUUAGCAUUCCCUGGGAGUUAAUUUAGAUAAAUGAAUGGACUUCCAUCAACAUGUUUAUGUUUCCUUGAUACUGGUGCUCUGGCCUUCAAGAAGAAAACAAGAUUCACCUGAAAAUAAAUUCAGGCUUUUUUUCAAGCGUCUGUUUAAACAGUAUUACAGCAAUUUGAAGUUGAUACGGUAGGAAGGGGAAGUGAUUUUUCUUGUAAAUGUCUGUUUCAAAAUUCACACUAUCCUGAGAGAUGGCCUUGUUUUAUUCCAAUAUAUUCCACAAGGUGGCACUUUGGGGAGGAAAAAUCUGAGCAAAGCUUCCAACUUUUAUUUUUCUGCACAUAUUUAACUUUUACCUAGCACUUGUUUUACAGGGUGAUUAAUAGUCUCCAUCAUGUUCUAUAACUUAGAUAUUUUAGUUGUUAGGUAGGUUCUGAAUGACUGAAAGUAAAUUGUUCUUGGAGAUGGAUAAUACACCCAUUUUGUUAUUUAAGUGUGGAGAGAGAGCCUAGUCCUUCAUUCAUUAGUUCAAGAAACUUUUUGAGGUGCCUAAUUACUUCAUUUUUCUAGGUGCAGAAGUUACAUAUAUGGACAGACUUAUUUUAUUACUAAAAAGGCAACACUGAUCUGUGCAGAGGAUAGUUUUGUUAGGAGUGUAAAACUCCUCCAGUGGCUCCAGCCAAAAUCCCUAUACUCCCUGUCAGCUGCUUUCACAUUCUCUACCACAGUGGCCUUUAGAAAGUGAUUAAAUUUUUAAAACUUAAUUAAAAAGUCAGAUGAAGAACUAAGUAAUGCAUCAGUAAUUAAGUAGACAAAACUAUUUUUUUCUGAAGAAUUGCUAUGCAGAAACAGAGCCCUAAAAUCCUAAAAGACCUGGUAAUUUUUUACGUUUGUAUAAUGAUAAGUGUAACUUCACACGAAAUUUUAAUUUUGUUAAAUUUUCUCUAAGCAUAUGACUUAGAGAAAAUGAUUUAGGUAUAUAUCUGCAUAAGUGUUUGAUUUCUCCACUUGUGAAGUUCUUUGGCAACUUUAUUUUAUAUAAAUAUGUAUUUUUUCAUACACUCAAGUUUUAAUUCACAGAUCUGCUUGGAGAUCCAUUAUUCCCUCCCCACCCCCCAGAUGGUUUUACUUAAUUUUAGAAGUCAUUUUUCUAUAAGAGUGUCGCUGCAAUUUAAGAGGAAGGAAAUUAUAUUAUUUUUCAGAGUUUCCUUAGCACAGCAUAACAGAAGGCAGUUUAUUCCUUCUGAGUGGCAGAAACUCGAUAUUGCCUGCUUCACUUUCCUCCAGAGUAGCCGGCAGGCAAGUCUCAGUAAUUCAUACUGAAUCAAAAUACCGCACACCCUCGGGGCUGUCAGAGCUCUGAGAAAUCUUAGGCCUCAUCCCCCUGCUUAAAGUCCCACUGAAGUAGAUUCCAAUUUAAGCCCCUAAGUGGAAGGCCGAGUUCAAACUUCGAGUUUGCUAUCGGUUGGGCCAGUCUGAACUCUGCUCGCUUUCAAAACUGAACUCCCACCCAAAAGGCUUCCGGGUGCGCUGCACCGUCGCCCCGCCCCUUUGGCAGUAGAGAGGCAGUGGGCGGAGCUGGCUGGGACCCGCCUGCCGCUCACCUGUUAGUGCCUGAAAGGAUGUGCAGACCCGGCGGGAUACUGUCCGAGGUCCACGUGCCCUGCUGCUGUCUCAGAGGCAUCUGUUCUGCAAUCUUAGGAAGUAAAACGUCCCUAGAAGCAAACGGGUGUCUUCUGUGCAUAAGUAAGUACAACACAAUUCUCCGAAAGUUCGGGUAUAAAGAGAUGCUGCUGUAUGAAGCUGUCUACCAGGCAUCUCUCAAAGCUCUAAGUUCAGCUUUUUUUUUUUUUAAGAGAAGAUGUAUAAUUACAGGAAAUAUUUUUUUAAUUUUUUAUUUUCUAUCAUUCUGCAUUAUAUGAUGGCAAAAGAUAUGCUUGGAUAAGUUUUGUUUGGAAAAUUUAUUUUCUGCUUCAUACCCAGUUGGCAGAAGCUCCUAACUCUUUAGUUCCUAGUUUCUUCUUUCUCUUUUUUCUUUGUUAAGUAAUUAAAGAUAUGUGAGCAAAUUAUCUCUUGUAGGAGGGAGACUUUCCUGUUUCAAGGAACCUUUUGUGUGAAUUGUUUCGUCAAACAAAUAAUCAACCCCUUCUCUAUCUAAAAUAGAGUUUGGAUGGUCAAGUGUAGGUUUUCUUAGAGGGGACAUAUAACUGUACAUAAUUCUAUAAAGAACUAUGACUGUAGCACUAAUCAGCAAGCCUAAAGCCACAAGUUAUAUCAUUUCUAACUCUCUGUGGUUUCUAAGCAAAUCUGUUGAAGUGCUUAGGUUACAGUUAUGAAGAGACCCUGCAUACCCUUACUUGAAAGUUUCUAAUCCUAAGUUUUAUGAAAUGCAAUAAUGUGUAUUAGCUAGCAAUAUUUCUGUGAUCACCAGCAACUCCCAGUUUGAUCCUGAAAUCUUUGAAUAAUGGAAAUAGAUCCCAGCAGUAAUAUACUUCUUGAACCUCCUGCCCCGGCACCAAGUACAUUAUGUAUCUUCUUAUUUUGGUCCUGUGUUUGCAACAAUGUACAGGUGAAUAUUUUAGUUCCUCACUUACUUUGUAUUCAUUUAUUUGCCUAUGACCAGUAAUGAAUAUAUUACUUAGUACAUGGAACGAACAGCAUCAGCUACCCCAAGGAUCAGCACUUAACGAGGUGGGGAAUGUCUAUUUCAGGUUGUUCUACAUUUGCAUAAAUUAUUUCUAUUAUUAUUCAUGUAUAUUAUUUAUUUCUCAAUCACACUAGUCCUGUGAAAGUGUGACAGAAGGCAGACCACAUUAAGAUUUGCAUUUAGUGCUCAUUAUCAUGGUGUUGUUGGAGCUAAGAAAAUUAAAUUUAGACUAAGCCCCCAAAUAAGCUGCAUGCAUUUUUACAUGAUUAGUAGAAUUUAAGUCUAUAGAGAUAGUGUUUUUGUGUCUAGGUGUUUUAUCAUUAUGUAAAGGAAUUAAAGCAAACGACUUUGUAGUUGUUCUUUUGUCAGAUAUGCAUAUACUAUAGUGUGAAAAUACAGCAAAAAUUAAAACUGCAGAUAGCAAAGCAUCAGAUGCUGCCUUAAUUUAGGAACUCUGCCAGGCAGCCAUCAGAACAGGUGCCAAGCAGAGCCAGGUGCCUGGGUGGUGCCUCCUCUUACCUGGCCUUGAGAAGACGCUUCCCCAGCAUGAUCUAGUGCCCUCGUAGGUGUCGUGUGCAGUAGUGGGAACAGGUAGUACUGUUGAAAGGAGAGCAGUGUGAGAGUUUUCUGUAGAAACAGAACUGUCAGCAUGUGCCUUGAGGCUUCGAGAACGUGUCAGAUGGAGAAGUCCAAGUGUCCAUACUUCAAGCAACUUGAUUUGGUACAGAAACAAUCCAGUCUGGUAAUUAAAACAAGGAUUGCAUGUACAGUAGUCAAUAAUGAGAUUUUUAACAACCAAGAAUCUCCAACACCUCCAAAGCUUGUUGCAUUCCUGGUAUUUUAGGUUUUGAUCUGAAGGUUAUAUGGCAAGUGUUUUGUGUAGAAGAGCAGUAUGUGUUAAGAAAAGCACAAUAUCGGUUCCCGUAGAGUGCAGAUUAGAACUAGAGGUUUUUCAUAGGACUAUCAUUUCUGAGAUGUGUAAGAGCAUGUUUUCACUGUAAAAUGUAUUAGUGUUUCUGCAUUCCUAUAGGGACUAGUUUAAACUUUCUUCUAGAUUUCAGCAAGGCUGUUGCAGCCAGUGAGCUUUUUUUGCUUUUUUUCUUACUUACUUUUAUAAUAGAAAAUGUUUUAAAAGUAGAGAAAAACUUUAAUUUGGACAUCUGACUUGUUGGUUUCUGUGUUUGAAAUCACAGUUCUGGAGAUGUAGAGAUUGUGCAUGUGCAUAUCAGAUCCUAAUCUAGGCUGUGUGAACCAGCCCAGGAGAACUGAUACUCCCCCGUGCCCUGCAUCCUUUCCUCCCUCCGUCCAGAAGUGCUCCCUGCCCGCUUCCUGGCCUGCCCACAUGGUGCUUUCCAUCCUCUGCCACUCUUUGGGAUCAGGGACAUGAUGAGAGAUGCUUUAGGCAUCACAGGUAUGCCUGUCCAAGCUUGGCCACCAACCCUACUUGACCUUUGGCUGGUCACAGCCAUCAAGAGAAGGUUCCUGGUGCUGGGCACAGAGAAUGAUCAGGACACCAAUCACAAAUGCCCUCUAGCAUCUUUGUACAUAUUUUGAUUUUUAAACCAAGUCACUCUACAGAGCAUUCAGUUUUGACUGUGGUUUAGAGAGAAAAACUAACCAAGAAUAUAAACCACAUUCCAGGCUGCUGUUUUCUAUCCAUCUACAGGCUCUACUUUUACUGUAUUUCUUCAUACUUGAAACUCAUUCUGCUAUUUUAAUAUCAGGGUAAAGACUCAUAAGGGUGCAUGUUCUUUCAAGGUGCAAAAUUACUCUCAUUCCGUUUGCUCAUAUUGCUACAGAAUGCUCUGUUUUGGUGCUUCAGAUUCGGCAGGUCAAAGGAGCAGUGUGGAAAUUCACUGCCUGGAACACAGUCUUACAAGAAUGUUGGCAGGUGGCUUGGUGUUAGAAAUUGCUUCUGCUUUUUUCUCUGUACACAGGAUAGAGAGUUACCGCACUGGUCUGUCAGGUUCCCCUGGGUAUCAUACCUUCCUCACAGGGUUUAUCAACCCUGUGCUCUCCCCAAGUGUGGGUGUAGUGCAGCUCUCUUAAAGCAGGGACCUUCCUACAUAUCUGGAUCAUUUAGCCCUCAAAGAAAUAUGACCUCGGGUGUAGACAGGAGAAAAAUGGGAAGAGUUGUCUCACUCUAGCAACCAUCCAUUGAGAAAGCCUUCCUGGGGCAAAAAAAAAAAAAAAAAAAAAAAAGGAAAGAAAGAAAGAAAAAGAAAAAAAGAAGUAAAGCUUGUCUGUAAAGUUACCCUGAGCUAAGUGAUCUUGUUUCCUUCCCUUUAGGUAGAUGAAAAUAUAGGUCAGUUUACCUAGAGUCCUCCCACUUGAAGAGGAAAGUAGAAAAGUAGGUGUUUAUGUAUUGAGAAAUAUGUAAUCCAGGAACCACAAAAACUCACAUUAAAUACCCCAUCGCUCCAGUCUGUUUUAAGAAGUAGCCAAGUAAGUGAUGCUUAAUGACCGGGGGUUUCUGAGGUCAGAGGUAGCUCCUCUUAACAUGCACCUUGCUCUGAGACUUGUUUGGCCAGGGACAGCUACCAGUGGUGACUCUGUGGCAGUGGCAAAGAUAACACAGCAGAACAUUCAGAGGGUUACAGAUCAAUAAUCCUUUGGAAACUGGAUGUCUUACUGGGUGCUAGAAUGCAAAUUUAAGUAUUUAUUGUCAGAUAAUGGAAUUCAUUGUUUUUUUUAAGAAUUGGUGUUAUGCACAAACUUAUGCACAAGCUAAAUUGAAACAAAAAAUGGUUUGUAUAUUUGUCAUACCUUUUGUACUUCUUACAAUAAAACUUGGUAGCAAAUAAAAAUAAUAAAAACAGCCAUUUUAAACUG